UCCAAUUUUGUAAUGGAAGUACUUUCUCACUCAAGUAGAGAAUUUCAAAUUGAUCUCUACAUCUUGCUCAUUUAUCAAAAAUAAUCAUCGUCGUUUAUAGUAAAAAGGCAGGCAACCAAAAAGUGAACUUGUUUCGUGAAGGAAAAGAAAUGGAAGCUCCACAUCUUUGGUUGAUCGAUCGAGAUGGCCGUUCCUUCAUCGUUAAUCUGCGCGAUAACUCAUGGAAAGAAGUAUCGACUCCUGAGCUCAAAUCAAGGAACUGUUUUAAGAGAAUAUCUGCUGUUAGUAGCUGUGCCUGGGCAAUCAAUGCAAACCAGCAACCUUGCUUAUACGUUCAUGCUACUCAGGUGCCAAUCAGGGCUCGAGUGGAAACGUGGGAAAAUCAGAGAUGGGGAUUAAUGAAUGGGUGGUCAGUAAAGUCGAUGUUCCGUAGUGAUCGAUAUCAUUUUAGCAGUAAAGAUGGCAAACAAGAUCUUCCUCAAUCAGGAUUCAUGUUGCCAUCAAUGUACUGGACAUGGGAGAGUGAUUGGUACAUCAACAGAAAGGUUCCUGGUGACAUUGAGGGAUGGCAAUAUGCCAUUGACUUCCCCCGUACUUAUUAUGCAGAGAAGGGUCAGUUAUCCUGUGUGAGGAGAAGAUGCUGGUCAAGAUAUUACAAAUUUGAUGGAUAUGAUCGAUGGUUGUUGAUUGAAGGUCUAAGUGAUGACCCUGUCAAACAACCUUUCCAAGACAUUGCCAUUGGUGGUACAAUGAUUCCUGGACAAAAACCUGGCCACCUGUCCGUGUGGGCGGUCACCUUUCAUGGUCAGGUCAUUUUUCGGGCUGGAAUCACAGACAAGAACCCAGAGGGUGAAAAAUGGGUGGAUGUGCCACCACCCGGUGUUACGAUUACUCAGAUAUCAGUCAGUAGAACGGGGGUGCUGUGGGGAGUGUCUUGGGAGGGCAUAGCUGUUGUUCGCAUUGGUGUGACCUACUAUCAACCUACAGGGACACAAUGGGUAGAAGUAAACCCACCUUCCUUAUCACCAAACAAUGAGAUCUGUCAGUUGCUACAAGUUUCUGUUGGAGUAAAUGGUGUUUGGGCAUUAACAAAAGAUGAGCAGGUUUGGUUUAGAAAAGGAGUAAACACUAGUCAAGUGAAUGCAAGUAUAAAAGAAGUUACUGGAACAAGUUGGAUUCAGAUGGUUGGUCGGUUCCUUCUGCUGUCUGUUGGUCCAAAUGAUCAAGUGUUUGGGUUGAGUACGUGUGGUGAUCACAUCUACUUCAGGACCGAUGUUACACAAGACGAGAUGUGUGGUCGGCAAUGGAGGGCGCUACGUACUGGCAGAUCGCUCAGCGACAUACACGGGUCUCGGCUCAAGAGCUCUAAUACUGAAGAUUCAGAUGACGGCGCUCCUCGUAAUCAUGACAACACGUCGUUGCCACGUUACGUCGAGUUUCUCACGUGGAUUAACAGCGGAGCUUGUGACGUGGAUGCUACUUUCUUCAACGACAACCAUCGCGGGCUCCUGUCAGCGUUCACUAGCAUGAGUCUGAGUACCCUUGACGACCGUGAUACAUCCUGGAGAAAGGAUAUUCUGCGAAGGUUGCGCUUACGUGAUCAACAGCAGGUGAACGCGUUUGGUGCCUACGAGGAAGCUAUUUCACAGGGAACAUGGUCCAAGAAAGCCCGAUGUCAGAUACUCAUGGACACCCAGUUUAACUUAUGGUCUGAUAGCGUUAUAAAAUUGAACCAAGAAAAAAACAACAAGGACGGCGAAUUGAUCUGUUACUACGAGAAGAGUGCGCCUUAUCUAAGUUAUGGAGAACUGCGUAUCCCCUUUUCAGAAAUCACAUGUGUUAGUAUAAUACAUAAAAUGGCUCGUCACAACUGCAUGGCGGUAUUUACCUCGUCAAGAACACUUGUGCACAAUCCCCUUCUUAUUUCAUUCCCUAACGAGAAAGAACUCAAUGACUGGCUGACGACCCUUUCUUCAGCGUCCAUGCAAGCCCAUGGUAUUCAAGGCACUGUACCAUCUAAGGCCCUCUGGGCCACUUCGUCGUGUGGAGACGUUUUUGUUAGCGAGAGUCUGGGUCUAGAAGGAUGUGCGCAGUCGCACAGAUUUUGGCGCCAAAUUGGAGGCCAUUUGAGUGUCGUUCAGGCUGGCACAGGGGGAGUGGUUUGGGGGAUUGGUUUCGAUGGGAACCCAUACGUCUACACUGGUGGAUAUGGUGGCGGUGUUUUCGACGGGUUUCUUAGCAGCUCCAUUGGUAUUCAUAAACAAGAGGAUUACGAUGUGCAUUUUAUCUACGAGAAUCAACGAUGGAAUCCAGUCGAGGGCUUCUCUGACAGGCGACUCCCAAGUGACCGCUAUGUAUGGAGCGAUAAGAGUGGAGUGUACGAGCGAACGAAAGAAGGCUUCCUGCUGCCCUCAAGUCAAUGGCAGUGGAUGGGCAAUUGGCAGAUUGAUACACGACCAGGGACCACAGAUAAUCAAGGCUGGCAGUAUGCUGUGGACUUUCCAAGGCAUUACCACGCCGAGAAAAACUGGAAUGACUACGUUCGCAGACGUCGAUGGAGAAGACGUUGCAAGCUGACUACAACAGGACCCUGGCUGCUAAUACAGCCUACAGUCAAACUACGCGAUGUGUCUGUACAGAUCGAUGACGUCGUGUCAGAUGAUGAAGAGAUCUCUAUGUGGGUGGUUGGGAGUCAAGGAGAUGUGUUGUACAGACAUGGAGUAACAAAAGCGUGUCCUCAGGGACAUUCCUGGCAGCACAUCAUCGCAGAUGUUCCGUUUCGGAGCAUAUCAGUCGGUGGUGAAGGUCGUGUUUGGGGUGUGGCUGAAGAUGGUACAUCUUACUUUAGAGCAGGUUUUGCUGAUAACGAAAAAACAGGAAGUUGCUGGUUUCAUAUUGCGGAUAGACCGCCUUAUCUUGUACAAGUUUCUGCUGGGGCUUCAUCAGUGUGGGCAAGAGACAAGGAAGGCACACUGUGGUACCGGAUCAAUAUAUCAGAUGUAUAUCCAGAAGGAACAGAAUGGAUAGAACAGGGACACGUUUCUCACCUUUCCACAGGACCUAACGACCAGGUAUCUUGAGUUCUUUGACAGCGAUUGCAAAGGCAAAUUCCUGUGCUUUGAUUGGUUGAAAGAAUCGCGUGCUCUAGCUUAAAGCCAUUUUACCUCACUCAUCUCAAUUACCUUU